GCCUGAAGAUGCGCUGCUGCUGAUGGCCCGCAGCUUAGAGAUAAUGGAGCUUGCGGGAUUGGAUCCGGCGUUUGAUGACUAUCUGAAAAAUAACGCAAAAGAGGGUGCCGCGAUACGCAUCCAAGCAUUGCUUCGCGGUGCCUCUGCACGACGCGACAUCGCAGACGAGCUGGCGAAGCACAACGCCGCCACUAAUUUGCAAGCAUUUUGGCGCGGCUCCAAGGCGCGUCGAGACUUGCGGCUUCCGCCAGAACCCAGUCUACACAAAGUUCGCAAGAUCCGCCAUGACCACGCUGACCACUGGGCUUUGAUCCACCAGCGCGCACAGCAGGCCGUUGUGCGCCGGCGCAGUUCCCAGCUCGAGGAGGAGGCGCUAGAAGCGUUCCGACGCAAUAACAACAUGGGGUUGACCACCGAAAAAAUGCGUCGGGUCUCUCAGGGUCAUCCCGUAGUGGACCAGGAAGCGGAUCGGGACAGUUCCAACAGACGCGCGUCCGGCGAGCAGAGGCAAGAAGCAGUGCGUGUGACGCAUGAGCACCCUGAUCAUUGGGCUUUAAUUCACGAACGGCAGAAACUCUCGGAAGGAAACCGGUUCCACGCUGUAGGAGGUUCCCGAACCUUUCAGCGCUUAAGUGAAAUUCAAGCGAGUUCCGCCACGCGUAGUGUGGGAACCGGAAGAAACCGACCGUCUCGGAUGGAGCAACCCUCAGACGCCAAUAAUGGAUCGGCCAUGGCAAGGCAACAGGAGCCGCGGCCUUCCCAGGAACGAGUUAAGAAUGCAGCUGGCCCAGGGCCGUCGACGAGCUCUAAAAGCUCGAAGAAAACAGAUGAAAAAGAAGAGUCGAGUUCGGACGACGAGUUAGAUUUUUCACCACCUGCCCAGAAAGCGGCGGCAAAGGCAGAGCCACAACAGCUCCGAGGCGUCUCACAGAAAGCUGUUGCGAAUUCUUCAUCCUCAGAUGAUCUUGGCAUGGAUUUCGCACCUCCCGGGAGGACGACAGCAGCGGCCAACAACGUGGGAGGACAACAGCAGCUACAAGCCGCAGCCCAUGCCCAAGGCCGAGAUCCUUCUUCAACUGCCAAACUGCAGUUUUUGUACUAUGGUGAAUCCGAUUUGGACAAGAAGGUCGCAAGUGUACGGGCUGUGGCGGCAAAACGGAAAUCUUCAGCGGUAAAGAAGCACAUCAUGUCGCAAGUGCAUUUUCGCGAGAACAAAAUCGUUGGGCCUGAAAGUUCCGAGGGUGACUUGGAGCUUACCUCAGCGCGGCCGAGUGACGUGGAGCGCGCUCAAAAGCGAAAGCCGCCUGUUGGUGCUGGAUCGCCUAAGGUGAAGCUGAGAGGUCAUCGUAAACCCGUCCUUUCAUUUCAAGGAAAAAAUAGUGAGAGCAAGACUGUGUCUCCUAAAGGCGCUUCUCUAUCCAAAAGCGGUGGAGAUUCUCCGACCACUAGUAUCAGAUACAGUCACGCUGGAGGAGGUUCAAAGAGCCCGACGAGCACUGCAAAGAGACCGCAUUCAUCAAGUAGUCCGUUCAGCCGUACGGGCGAACGAGCCAGUCAGCGACAGAGCCAGCCAGAAGCAGUACGCGAGGCUCGCGGAAAAGAGGAAGCAGAGGCGCGCGCCAAGAAACGAGUGGCUGCUCUGGAAGAACUUUUUCGUGAUGCAGAGCCUUUGCUGCUGCGAUUGGCCGACGAGAUGCAACAUCGUGAACUCUUCAUGAUGAACACUUCACCGGGUGCAAUAACGGGCAUGACGACGGCAAUCACUCCAUCAUCAAGCAGCAGGAGUCGUGGAGAGCUCGCCAGUGAAGCCUUUGCGAAGCGCGCACAAGCAGCAACCAAGACCGCGAAUGAGUGGUUUCCCCAAGAAGUUGCCGUGCUUGAGGGAAUAGCUCGCGCGCGCGUUGCGGCGGAACAUCGCUGGCGCAUUGAAACGGGUGCUGCGUCUGUAAUUCAGAGGUGCUAUCGCGGAUGGCGCGCACGCAGAAGGCUGAACAAUGAGCGUGGGGGGCUUGAGCUGAAGCGGCGACAGCUUCUGGCCUGCAUUCGGAUGCAACGACGAUGGCGCGCCUUUGCCAAAAGGGUUCCCUGGCGAGUGAGGCGAGGACUCUCUGUGCAGUCUGACUACGUGAAAACUGCCACUGACAGCGAGAUGACACGGAAACUAGAACGCCUAGCGGCUGUGCAGUCUCAUCGUGGACAGGAAAGAAGAGUGAUAGAGCUACUCAAAGAGAUGGAAACACGCUGGAAACCAGCUUUCUUUGCGCUCACGGCGCGAAGGCACCGCAUUGCCCAAUUGUCCGAAGAGAUUGGGGAGCUGCAAGGUGCCGUCGUUGAGAACCUACAACAGGCGCAAAGGCAAAAUGGAGAUCUUGUCGAAGAUAACUCUACUUCGCAGAAAGCAGAAUUAGAAGAAGACUUCUUAGUUGCCGGGCCUGCAGCAUCGAGCUUCUUUCGAUAUUCUGCUGCGUUGUUGCAAAAUCUCAUUCGGCUCGAGGGUGCUCGACAGACUAGAUCACAGCAUCUACAACCCUCAGCUGCUGAACAUCACGCUACAACAUCAACAUCACAGCUCCUAGAGCAGACAUUGGCUCAGUUCGUACAGGUUAUGGAAGGAGAAUUAUGGCGCCUUCGUGAAAAAGUUCUUAUCGCAAAGAAAAAGCUACAUACAGCCGAGAAAGACCGCCUCCAAGAGGCUGAACAUUUCAAAACAUCUUUGCUACGACUGCAAAAUCAUCUCGAGAGUCAUCGUAAAGAAGAUUCACUCAGAACAAGAACUACCAUUUAAUGAACUAUAUUCGAGGAGAUCGGUUUUUUGGUCGUCCUUGUCUAUCCCCUUAUCAGGGUUUGCGCUUCCUCUACCUGCCUUAAGGACGUACCAGGAUCUGCUUCGUCUCGCUAAUGGUCGAGAAUGAUCAUCUGAGAUGCACACAUGAC